AUGGAGGGUUUCAAGAAGAAAUUCAAAGAAUGGGUCUACUCCAUGAGCACAGAAGAUCAUUACGCAGAAUAUGACGCCAAUGCCACGCCAGAAUUCAACAUGGGGAUGAGAUCGUCAUCCAGACAGGUCAAUCCAUCCGAAAUGCAUUUGAAUGGUGGUGAUGAAGAAAUGAACGUCGGUAUGGAAGAUUCAAAUGUGUUUCCAGCAUCCACGGAUGAUGAAUUCGAUAAUACUAAUAAAGGUGUAUCAGAGGUGAUUUUGGCUUGGAGGCAUAUUAAUUCUUGGACUGAUGAACAUAAUCCAGAUUUGAAUGCUACUUUUGGUGAUCCUUGUACCAUUAAUGAUAUUGCAAAUGCUGAAGAAGAUUUGGAAAUUUUGUUCCCCGCAGCAGUGAAGGCUUCAUUAAGGAUACAUGAUGGUCAAGAAGAUUUAGAAUCGAUGACUGGUACUUCCGGGCUAAUUUACGGGUUACCAUUAAUGACUUUAGAUGAAAUUGUAAAUAUGACUCAAAAAUGGAGAAAUGUUGCCAAAAAUUUAAAUAGACAAAGACAAAAUCAAAUUAAUAAUCAAAUAUCGGGCACAAGUGGAUCAUCUGCAUCUCUGAAAAAUGAUAAACCACCAACUUCCUCAUCGGGAAAUCAAUUUAAAUUACCAUUUAUUCCAGAACAAAAAUCUAUCCCACCAAACGCCAUCCAAAAUGUAUAUGCUCAUGCCGCAUGGAUACCUUUAUUAACUGAUAAUGCAGGUAAUCAUAUUGGUGUCGAUCUUGCACCAGGUGAAUUGGGGACUUAUGGUCAAGUGAUCACGUUUGGUAGAGAUUUUGAUACUAAAUAUGUGAUUGCUGACAAUUGGGGGGAAUUUUUAUUGUCAUUUGCUAAUGAUUUGGAAGCUGGUAAUUGGUUCCUUGUAGAUGAUAAUGAUGAUUUCUUUGCCGGGGAUGGGGAAUUGGUUUAUAGAGAUAAGAAACGUAAUGGUCCUCCACAAGAUUAUUUCGAUGUCUUGAAAAGCAGAGCCAUUGAAAAAUACAAAAACUUUACCCAACAAACUAAACCUUCUACAAAAGAAAAAGUUCCUAAUAGUAACCCAUCUGUAGUGAACUCUGAUAUCCAUGAUACAGAAUCAUUCGAACUGGAAGACGAUGAUGAAGAAAUAACAAGCACUCACAAGAUUGAACUAAUAAAUACUGAACCUCAAGAUAUUAAUGUUGAUGUAGAAAAGAAAUUACCAGAAUUACCAGCAGAAAAUAAUGUAGCAACUGAAGACAUAACAACAGUUGAUUCAACAGAACCUGAAGUCCCUGAACAAGAGACAGCCACACCAGUGGAAGAAUCAAAUAACGAAAUCAAUGAAGAAAAAGAAGAAGAAGAGAAAGGCUUGCCAAAUGCAGAAACAGAUAAUGAGACCAACAUGGAGGAAGUGGAAGUUGAAAAAGUACAAGAAGAUUUUGAGAAUGUUGCAUUAUAA